GACCAGCUCUGUGGCCGUGACCCCACCUUGACAGAUGAGCUCAUUAAUAUUCUGACAGAGCUGACCCAGCUCAGCAAGACAACCAACGCUAAAGUGGCUCUGCGAGCACGGCAGGUUCUCAUUGCUUCCCAUUUGCCAUCCUACGAGCUGCGUCACAACCAGGUGGAGUCCAUCUUCCUGUCUGCCAUUGACAUGUAUGGACACCAGUUCUGCAUUGAGAACCUGCAGAAACUCAUUUUGUCUGAGACAUCCAUCUUUGAUGUGCUACCCAACUUUUUCUACCACAGUAACCAGGUGGUAAGAAUGGCAGCUUUGGAGGUGUACGUUCGAAGGGCGUAUAUUGCCUAUGAGUUAAACAGUGUCCAGCAUCGCCAGCUGAAGGACAACACCUGUGUGGUGGAGUUCCAGUUCAUGCUCCCUACCUCCCAUCCAAACAGAAUGUCCUUCUCUUCCAACCUCAAUCACUACGGGAUGGUCCAUGUAGCUAGUGUGAGUGAUGUGCUGCUAGACAAUUCAUUCACCCCGCCGUGCCAGCGCAUGGGUGGAAUGGUUUCCUUCCGCACCUUCGAGGAUUUUGUCAGAAUCUUUGAUGAAGUGAUGGGUUGCUUCUGCGACUCUCCUCCCCAGAGCCCAACCUUCCCCGAAGCUGGCCAUGCUUCCUUGUAUGAUGAAGACAAGGCAGCCCGUGAGGAGCCCAUUCACAUUCUUAAUGUUGCUAUUAAAACAGACAGUGACGUUGAUGAUGAUGGGCUGGCAGCCAUGUUCAGGGAGUUCACGCAGAGCAAGAAAUCAGUCCUGAUUGAACACGGGAUUCGGAGGCUGACUUUCCUUGUAGCACAGAAGAGGGAGUUUCCAAAGUUCUUCACGUUCCGUGCCCGGGAUAAGUUUGAGGAAGACAGGAUUUACCGUCAUCUGGAGCCAGCUCUGGCUUUUCAGCUGGAGUUGAACCGCAUGCGGAACUUUGAUCUCACUGCCAUCCCUUGUGCCAAUCACAAAAUGCAUCUCUACCUGGGAGCAGCUAAAGUUGAAGUGGGAACAGAGGUGACAGACUACAGGUUCUUUGUGAGAGCGAUCAUAAGGCACUCGGAUCUGGUUACAAAGGAAGCCUCCUUUGAGUAUCUGCAAAAUGAGGGAGAGCGAUUGCUUUUGGAAGCCAUGGAUGAGCUGGAGGUGGCGUUUAAUAAUACCAACGUGCGCACCGACUGCAAUCACAUCUUCUUAAAUUUCGUGCCUACCGUCAUCAUGGACCCAUCUAAGAUCGAAGAAUCCGUGCGGAGCAUGGUGAUGCGCUACGGGAGCCGCCUCUGGAAACUCCGUGUCCUCCAAGCUGAGCUGAAGAUCAACAUUCGUUUGACACCAACUGGGAAGGCAAUUCCCAUUCGUCUCUUCUUGACCAAUGAGUCUGGCUACUAUUUGGACAUCAGCCUCUACAAAGAGGUGACAGACUCCAGAACAGGACAGAUCAUGUUCCAGGCAUACGGGGAUAAACAGGGACCGCUUCAUGGGAUGCUGAUCAACACCCCGUAUGUGACCAAAGACCUGCUUCAGUCCAAGAGAUUCCAGGCACAAUCUUUAGGGACAUCAUAUGUCUAUGACAUUCCUGAGAUGUUUCGGCAGUCUUUGAUUAAACUCUGGGACUCUAUGAAUGAAUAUGCAUUAGCCCCGCCGCUGCCUUCUGACAUCCUAACGUACACUGAAUUGGUGCUGGAUGAUCAGGGCCAACUCGUGCACAUGAACAGGCUGCCGGGAGGAAAUGAGAUUGGGAUGGUGGCCUGGAAGAUGACUCUGAAGACCCCCGAGUAUCCAGAAGGCCGUGAUAUCAUUGUCAUUGGCAAUGACAUUACAUACCGAAUAGGUUCCUUUGGGCCUCAGGAGGACGUGCUGUUCCUGAGGGCUUCAGAGCUUGCUCGAACGCACGGCAUCCCCCGUAUCUAUGUGGCUGCCAACAGUGGAGCCAGGAUUGGUUUGGCUGAGGAAAUUCGGCACAUGUUCCACGUAGCUUGGGAAGACCCAGAUGACCCGUACAAGGGUUACAAGUACUUGUACCUGACUCCUCAAGACUAUAAGAAAGUCAGUGCCCUGAACUCAGUUCACUGUGAACACGUGGAGGACAAUGGAGAGUCCAGGUAUAAGAUAACAGAUAUUAUCGGAAAGGAAGAUGGACUUGGAAUAGAGAACCUCCGAGGAUCUGGCAUGAUUGCUGGAGAAUCAUCUUUAGCCUAUGAGAGUAUUAUCACCAUCAACUUGGUUACGUGUCGAGCAAUUGGAAUUGGGGCUUACCUUGUUCGGCUGGGGCAGAGGACUAUCCAGGUUGAGAACUCUCAUAUAAUCCUGACUGGCUGUGGAGCCCUCAACAAAGUGCUCGGACGAGAAGUUUAUACCUCCAACAACCAGCUGGGUGGGAUCCAGAUAAUGCACAACAACGGUGUGACACACAGCACUGUGUGUGAUGAUUUUGAAGGAGUCUACACUAUUCUGCAGUGGCUUUCCUACAUGCCAAAGAGUGUAUACAGCCCUGUUCCUAUCCUCAAAGUCAAGGAUCCUAUAGACAGAACCAUAGAUUUUGUUCCUACCAAGACUCCCUAUGAUCCUCGCUGGAUGCUGGCUGGACGCCCAAAUCCAAGUCAAAAAGGACAAUGGCUAAGUGGUUUCUUUGACAAUGGCUCGUUCGUGGAGAUCAUGCAGCCCUGGGCGCAGACAGUUGUGGUUGGUAGAGCAAGGCUGGGAGGAAUACCUGUAGGAGUAGUUGCCGUAGAAACGAGAACGGUGGAGCUCAGCAUCCCUGCUGAUCCUGCAAACCUGGACUCGGAGGCCAAGAUAAUCCAGCAGGCUGGUCAGGUCUGGUUCCCUGACUCUGCCUUCAAGACUGCGCAGGCGAUCAAUGACUUUAACAGAGAAGGGCUGCCUCUGAUGGUCUUUGCUAACUGGAGAGGCUUCUCUGGAGGAAUGAAAGACAUGUAUGACCAAGUGCUCAAGUUUGGUGCCUACAUUGUGGAUGGCCUGAGAGAGUAUCGUCAACCCGUGCUUAUUUACAUCCCACCGCAGGCGGAGCUGAGAGGAGGAUCCUGGGCUGUGAUCGACCCCACCAUUAACCCUCGCCACAUGGAGAUGUACGCAGACCGAGAGAGCAGAGGAGGAAUCCUGGAACCAGAGGGGACGGUAGAAAUCAAGUUCCGCAGGAAGGAUCUGGUGAAGACCAUGAGGCGAGUGGACCCCGUGUACAUCCGCCUGGCAGAGCGGCUGGGUACCCCCGAGCUGAGCCCUGCUGACCGCAAAGAGCUGGAGAGCAAGCUGAAGGAGCGGGAGGAAUUCCUGAGUCCCAUUUACCACCAGGUAGCCAUGCAGUUUGCUGACUUGCACGACACCCCCGGCCGGAUGCAGGAGAAAGGUGCCAUAACCGACAUUCUAGACUGGAAAACUUCCCGUACCUUCUUCUACUGGAGAUUAAGACGUCUUCUUCUAGAAGAUGUGGUCAAAAAGAAGAUCCAUGAUGCCAACCCUGAGCUGACUGAUGGGCAGAUCCAGGCUAUGCUGAGACGCUGGUUUGUGGAAGUUGAAGGGACAGUGAAGGCGUAUUUGUGGGACAGCAACAAGGACCUGGUGGAGUGGCUGGAAAAACAGCUGACAGAAGAAGAAGGUGUUCGCUCAGUUGUGGAUGAAAACAUCAAAUACAUCUCGAGGGACUACAUCCUGAAACAGAUCCGGAGCCUGGUCCAGGCCAAUCCGGAGGUUGCCAUGGAUUCGAUAGUGCACAUGACCCAGCAUAUAUCACCCACCCAGCGAGCCGAGAUCGUGCGGAUCCUCUCCACAAUGGACUCGCCUUCUUCAACGUAAGAGCAUCGAUUUCCCACACUCCCCCCUGCCUGGUACAGUGGAGGAAAAAAAAAAA